CUUAGUUCUAAAAUAGAUACACAAUUAAGAAUACAAACAAAAACAAGCAUAGGCAAAUUUCAGUAACACACAGCCAAAAUGAAUGAAUUAUCGGUCAUGGACUGCGCCAAGAUGCCACUGGAUCGCAUGGACAUGGUACAGCGCAGUUUGAAAUGCAGAACCAUCGAGAUCUUUGAAUAUGACGAGCCUGUCAGCUUCACGGGGGAAGAGGAGGAGUUGGCCAUAGAGCCCACGCCCGACACUGAGGAUGCCACAGAGGAUGACGAGGAUCGGGCUAUGCAUGCGGUGGCCGAAAUCGAUUGUAUUAUCCGACGCAUCGAACUGAUGCAGCUUGCCAUUAGGCAGCGUCAAAAUCAAGCCAUAUCCGAGGACCAGACGGCCCCCGAAGAAGAGCAACAGCCAGAGGAGGAAUAUCUGACCAAAAUCCAACAGUUAUGCCAGGAGAUUGAGCGCAAACGGAAGGAGCUGGAUGUCAAAGUUGAAGUCCAGGAGCUAAUGCCGGAACGGCCGAAGCCUCUGGAGCUGAGUUGCCAGGAAAAGGUCGAGGUGCGUGACCUCCAGCAUGCCCACCAUCGCCUGCAGUGUGAAAUCUCGGAGAUGAUCUGCCGCUAUCAAAAUCUGCGCGGCACCCUGCGUGAUUUUCGCCUCCGGAUGUGCUCGAUAAGCAAACAGUUGCGCCACAUGUCCGCCCGGGCGCAGGAGUUCAACGAGUGGGUCCUACAGGUGGCCGGCGAACUGCACGUCUGCCUGGAGCGCUACCACUACUUGCUCCAUCAGAAGAUAUCCAAAAUAGAGGCACAGACCACGGCCAAGGUCCACGUUUUCCGAUUUUUUAGCCAAAACAAACUAUUUCUAAUGAACAGUCGUCUGCCGAGAGAUCUACGAGACCUUCGCUUUGAAAUCGAUGAGCUUUGUAUCUAUAUAAGCGAUUUGAGCGCGGAAAUGGAGGAACGUUUUGAUAAGGUUGAGCACUCGACCUGGAUUAAGAACAAGGAUUUCGGGAGCACUAAAGAUCUCUCGACACCACUGGUUGAAAUGCACUCGGUCUUGUCUACGGUUAUUAAGGAAAAACCCUCAAAGAUCAAAAGAACCAAAGCUAAUAAAUAGAUCAGAACUUUA